UAAAAAUACAUACCUUUAACCUAUAAAUUUUGAGUCAUUUAUUGGUGUCGCCUUUGGAGAGGAGCACGCGAGCACUGAGAAUGAAUUUCCAACUACUUAUCGCCACUUUUGUCGUGGUUGUUGUAGCAGUGCACGGGAAGUCUGUUGAUCACAAAGGUGGCAGUAAACGACAAUGUUGUCACCAUCAUCAUCCACCACCACCACCGCCUCCCCCACCAGCGCCAUAUCUACCACCAAUCAUUGGACCCCCUGGACAACAAGGACCCCACGGAUACAAGGGAGCCCCAGGACCCCAAGGACCAUGUGGUAUGCCAGGUAAUUGUGGACCACCCGGUCCCCCGGGUUUACCGGGUCGUCGGUUGCCUCCAGGCCCUCCGGGACCACCAGGAUUACCAGGAUAUCAUGGCGCACCGGGAUGUCAAGGACGCCCAGGAUGCCCAGGAAGUAUUGGAUACCCUGGACCUCCAGGUCCCCCUGGACCACCCGGUCCACCCGGCAUUCCUGCACAUCCACACCAUGGUUGAAACAAGGCAAAACACUGCUCUCCAGUAUCGCGAACUUAAAUUUUCUCAGUUUAACUGGGAUUUGUUUGUUAAAAUUUAAAAUAUAAUAAAAUGGAUAUUUUUGUUCCCGUA